AUAUACUUUCGAUACUCUCUUCAACUCGCGGUCGUCACUCGUCAAGCAAAUUUUAGCUCGCGUUUGUUGUCGCGUCUGUGGCUUACCAUACUUUUUUCCAGCAUCCAAGGCCAUACUCUCACUCCCUAACCCUCAACCCUCAACCCUCACUCCUUACCAGUAAUUAGCUCAGUGCGUUAGCUCUAGUGUCGCCUUCCCUUUUGUCCUUUUGAUUAAUCGCACCGCACGCUUGUUUGAAAAAAACCAAUACUUACCUGAUACCUAGAGACCCACCUCUGCGGUCUACGUAGACGUACGUACGUAAUUUCAAUUUUUCGUUUCGUGUCCCAUUGGCUGUUAGAUUGUCGCCGCCGCCGCCUUUUUAUUUUUUGUUUUAUCCGCGGUGAAGUGUUUGGUGUUACGGUGCGGUGCAGUUCAGUGCAGUGCAGUGCAGUGCAGUGUGUUUGGGGGCUAAUUUUGCCAAAUUUUAUCAAAUUCGUCCGUCUAUACGCUAUUACGCCUACGUAAUUACGUAUCUAGUCGUUAUUAAUGGUGCUUUUAGCGUGUGCCUGUUCCCGCUGCCCGCUGCCCGCUGCCCGCUGCCCGAGUAUCGAGUGCAGUUUUGCGCUUGCGCGUUUCGAUUUUCGUAACUAGAUAGUGAAGUGCUUGGAAAUUGCAAUUUACCGCCGGCCACCGGCCACCGGCCACUAGCUACCACUCACCGAUCUCGGUUCGUUAUAUAGACUGGAUGAAUUGCUGUCGCAAGAUCGUCGUUCGGUGAAAUCAACUUGCGAGUCAACAUUCGAUAGAAAAUAGAAAAAAAUUGACGAAUGAAUGAUGAGCAAACGUCGUCACAUUCUUACGCCCACGUUGGCGCCCGCGUCCGCAUUAUGUCGCGUGCUGUUGCUGUUAGCUAGCUGCUGUUGGUUGCAGAAGGUGGUGGGCGAUGCGCCUCAUCUGGAGAGCGCGGCAUUGCCGCUGGAGCAUCGAGCAGUGUACGGCGCUGCGUUACCAGGUCCGCCGGCGCCGCAGUACGGAGCACCCGGGCCGGACGAUCCGUGGCCGCUGGCAGCAUCCGAUACGCCCGAAAUCAAGCAUCUGCAAGUGCAAUGCGAGAAAACCCACAUGAGAGUCAACAUCGAAUUCGACAGACCAUUUUACGGAAUGAUCUUUUCCAAAGGCUAUUACAGCGACCACCGGUGCGUGCAUUUGAAGCCGGGAUCGGGCCAUUUGAGCGCCACGUUCGAGAUAUUCCUCAACAGCUGCGGCAUGUCGUCGUCGGGCAGCCAUAACGCGGCGGCGAACGCGUACCCGACGCCGAGCGGCAGCUUCGUCGAGAACACCAUCAUCAUCCAGUACGACCCGUACGUGCAGGAGUCGUCGGACAAGGCGCGCAAGCUGCGCUGCACGUGGUACGAUUUCUACGAGAAGGCGGUCACGUUUCGGCCGUUUCAGGUGGACAUGCUCAGCGCGGUCACCGCCAACUUCCUGGGCGACAACCUGCAGUGCUGGAUGCAGAUCCAGGUGGGCAAAGGGCCGUGGGCCAGCGAGGUGUCCGGCAUCGUGAAAAUCGGCCAAACCAUGACCAUGGUGCUGGCCAUCAAGGACGACGAAAACAAGUUCGACAUGCUGGUGCGUAACUGCGUCGCGCACGACGGCAAACGCGCCCCCAUCCAGCUGGUCGACCAGCACGGCUGCGUCGUCCGGCCCAAGAUCAUGUCCCGCUUCCAGAAGGUCAAGAACUUCGGCCCCAGCGCCUCGGUCGUCUCGUUCGCCUACUUCCAAGCCUUCAAGUUUCCCGACUCGAUGAACGUGCACUUCCAGUGCGUCAUACAGGUGUGCCGGUACAAUUGUCCGGAGCCGAAAUGCGCCGGCGGCGGCCUCGGCCUGCUCGGUGGCCUCGGCGGCGCCGAAUAUGGCGGCAUCGGCGGCGGCGGCGGCGCUCUAGAUAUCGGCGACUAUAACAGGUUGCCCGGCGGCGUCGGCGGCGGCGGCGCUCCUCACGACGAGUACGCUCUACCCCCGCAACCGGGAUUCCCCGAAUAUCCGGGCUUGUUGGGCGGCCUCGGCGGAGUCGGUGGUGGCGGCGGCGGCGCCGCUUUCCCCGAUCCCAGACAUCCGUCCGGACCGGCCGGCGCCUACAGCGAACAGAAAGCCGAAAUCGUACCGGCGCCCGGCGGCGUCGGCGUCGGCGUAGCCUCCAACUUUACCAAUCCGUCUUCGCCAUCGCCUCAGAAAACCUCGCCUAGCGGCGUCAACACCAACGGCAACGACCCCGCUAAUACCAAUAAUAACAACAACAACAACAACAACAACAUCAACGACGACAUAGCCAUCCAGAACGGCGUCAUCGGCGCUAGUAGUGGCGGCGGCGGCGGCGGCGGUAACGGUAACGGCAACAGCAACAACAACAACAACGUCAUCAACGGCGUCGGCAUCGGCGUCGGCGUCAACGGCCACGGCGGCAACGGCAACGGUAUCAACAUCAACAGCAUCGACGACGAUUUCAAUCUGCCACCGCCGCCGUUACCCGGCCAAAGCGCUUCUUACACGACGGUCAAAAGAAAGGGCACCAUCAGCGACGAAGACGGCAAUUUGAUCACGCUGGGAGGACGGCCGCGGUCCGUCGAGAAUCUAUCCGAAGACUUGGGCCUGCACCACCACAGCAGCAGCGGCAGCGGUAUCCGCAAAAGGCGUUCGUACGCGGUGACGGUGGGCACCGGCACCGGCUCCGGCUCCGGCAUCGGCGCCGCUACCAGAACCUUCGUCGUCACCCACGUGUACAAGCGCGAAGCUCAAGAAAUGACCGACGUGAACACCAGUCGCGUCAUACAGGUGGUAGCGCCGGGCGACGUGAAUUUCGCGCUCAACGCCGGCAGUGGCGCCGCCAACGAGACCGUAGUCGUAUCCUCGCAGCCGGCCUCCGCCUACGAAAAGGACAGCAUUUGCAUUAGCGUGGCCAGCUUCGUAGCCGGCCUGGUCAUGUUACUUUCGGUGCUGGUCGUCGCCUGCCUGGUGGCCGCUUUCCUCUUCGUACGUGUCCGCACCUUCGAUACCAAAAAUGCUCAAGCCGCCGGCGCUACCACCUUCGUGCACACUUUCGACGCUGCCGAUUUCGUCAAAGUUGCUAGUUAGUCGAAUGCGAUAUGCGAUUUCGCGAAAUACGACUAUUCGCGCUCGCGCUCGCGCGCCUAGCGCUCACACAAAAUUCAAACUCUUUACCCAAUGGCUGUGUUCAUUUUAAUAAUACAUAUCUCUAUUCUCUAUCUCUAUCUGUAAUCUGUAAUCUGUAAUCUGUAUUCUGUAUAAUUAUUUAUACUUACCUAAAAUUAUUCGUUUAGAUUAUGACAAAAGAUUUUAUCGAAUAAAUAACGGAGCCAAAAGCAAAAAAAAAGAAAAAUAAAAACAAAGUGUUGAAAAAAAUGAAAACAUCAAACGCCCGUACCUCGUCUGCAUUUUUUUCGUAAGCAGUACCGACACCGAAGGUACUACUUUUUUGUACUCGAUGUACCUACACCUAUUUUUGUAUAUGGUAUGGUACGUGCGUUUUGGCAUCGGCGUACAUGUCCCGCGUUUCAUUUUACGUGUUUUUACGUAUAUUUAUUUAAUUAUUUAAUUAUUUAUUUAUUUAUUUAUUUAUUUAUUUAUUUAUUUACCCAUUCUUUCAUUCGUUUGAUUGUUUGAUUGGGAGUUUUUUUUUACAAUUUAUUUACGAAAUGCAUGUUGUUUUGUUUAAACGUUAAAUCGUAUACGAGUACUUACUGCGUUAAUUGACUUUCGAGUGUAGAUUUACUUAGUUGCGAGCCUCGUCGUCUUUUUCGUUCGCAUUUUUUCGCGUUAAAAAAGAGUCAAGUAUGGUACCUAUACCUACGUAGGUGUAGGUACAUUUUGUAAAUUAAUAAUCGCGUAUUUCGCGUGACUCGCUUUUUAUGCGCCGGCGAAAUCUGAGCGAAAAAUUGAACGGAAUCGAGGCCCGCAAUUAAACAGACACCGUCCCGCGUCCCGCGUCCCGCGUCCCGCGUCCCCGUCCGUGAGCGAGACGCGAGUACAUACGUACGCUACGGUCGUUUCUCGUUUGUCGAUAUGAUAUUGUGAUAGAUCGGUGCCAAAGUACCCCAUUUCGCAUUUGCGACCGGCUCAAGGCAUUCGGCAAUCGGCAUUUACUCCGCGUCGAAUUCUCGAAUUUUCCUUUCUUUCCAUUUGAGUUUUACGCAUAAGUGUGUACCCCGUGUACCCCGUGUACCCGUUAGGCGUUACCUACGAGUACGAGUAGAACGCAUAUGGUAGGUACUCGUACGACGUACCUACAUAUACGUAUACGUAUACGUAUUACCUAUUACGUAAUACGAUUAUCAUUUUACAUAUUACGAGUAUUUAUUAUAGGUACCUACGUACUACGUGACAUGAUUAAAUUACGACUAUUUUUACCAUUUUAUUCAAAUAGGUAUUGUACAAAAUUCUUUUUCAUUAGACUACCUACGAGUAUAUACUUAACUUACCUCUUUUUUUUCUUUCUUUCUCUCUCUCUCUCUCUCUUUUCUUGUACAUUUCACACGAAAUACAUAGAUGUAAUUAUUUA